CAUCCUCCUCUUCUUCUUCCUCCUCCUCCUCGGUCAGUCACUUGGCCGCCGUACGUAUAACACACUUCAGGUAAUCGCCGCCGCUCCGCAAGUCCCCGCAGCCAUGGCGGGCGGCGUGGUGGUGAGCGCGGCGGGGGGCAAGGUCUACCCAGGCCGGAUGACAUUCUUCGUCUUCUUCACCUGCCUCGUGGCCAGCUCCGGCGGGCUCAUCUUCGGCUACGACAUCGGCAUCUCCGGCGGGGUCACCUCCAUGGACUCCUUCCUGAGCGAGUUCUUCCCCUCCGUCUACGCGCAAUCCAAAGCCAACAAGGACACGAACCAAUACUGCAAGUUCAACAGCCAGCUGCUGACCCUCUUCACCUCCUCCCUCUACCUCGCCGCCCUGGCGACCUCCUUCGUCGCCGCGUCCGUGACCCGGGUCUACGGCCGGAAAUGGUCCAUGUUCUGCGGCGGGCUGACCUUCCUCGCCGGGUCCGCCCUCAACGGCGCCGCCACGGGCGUCUCCAUGCUCAUCGCCGGCCGCAUCCUCCUCGGCAUCGGCGUCGGGUUCGCCAACCAGUCCGUCCCGCUCUACCUCUCCGAGAUGGCGCCGGCGAACCUCCGCGGGAUGCUCAACAUCGGGUUCCAGCUCAUGACCACCAUCGGGAUCCUGGCGGCGAAUCUCAUCAACUACGCCACCGUCAGCAUCCCCGGCGGCUGGGGAUGGCGGGUCGGGCUCGGGCUCGCCGGCGUCCCCGCCCUCGUGAUAACCCUAGGAGCCCUCUCCCUCCCCGACACCCCAAAUUCCCUAAUCGCCAGAGGCUACACGGCGGAGGCCAAGAAAGUCCUCGUCAAGAUCCGGGGAACCUCCGACGUCCACGAGGAGUACGACGACAUGGUCGCCGCCAGCGAAGAAGCCAAAUCCAUCAAGCAUCCAUGGCGGAACAUUCUGGAACCCAAAUACCGGCCGCAGCUGACAAUCGCGAUCCUGAUCCCCUUCUUCCAGCAGCUCACCGGCAUCAACGUGAUCAUGUUCUACGCGCCGGUGCUCUUCCUGACGAUAGGCUUCGGCGGCGACGCCUCCUUAAUGUCCGCCGUGAUCACGGGGCUUGUCAACAUGUUCGCCACCAUCAUCUCCAUCAUCUGCGUCGACAGGCUCGGCCGGCGAGCGCUCUUCCUGCAGGGCGGCACGCAGAUGUUCGUGUCGCAGAUCGUCGUCGGCACGCUCAUCGCCAUGCAGUUCGGCACCGCCGGCGUCGGGGAGAUGGCGCGCUCGUACGCGCUGCUGCUCGUGCUCUUCAUCUGCCUCUAUGUCGCGGGGUUCGCUUGGUCCUGGGGCCCGCUGGGGUGGCUGGUGCCCAGCGAGGUGUUCGCGCUCGAGAUCCGGUCGGCGGGCCAGAGCAUCGCCGUCUGCGUCAACAUGACGCUCACCUUCAUCAUCGGCCAGGCGUUCCUGACGAUGCUGUGCCAUCUCAAGUUUGGGCUUUUUUAUUUCUUCGCGGCGUGGAUGGUGGUCAUGACGACGUUCAUCGCGUUGUUUCUGCCGGAGACGAAAGGGGUGGCCAUUGAUGAGAUGAGUUUGGUGUGGAGCAGACACUGGUUCUGGAGCAAGUACGUUCCCCCUGCCGGUGAAGGAGGAAGCAGCCGCAGAGCGCACGGCGUCUAGCUUAGCUUGUUAGCUACCGUCGUUUAAUUUUGGAUAAGUGUAAGUAAGUAAUUUAGACGUACGUAAGGAGAGAAGAAGAAGAAGAAGGAAAGGUUAAGUUUGGCUAACCCCUCGAGUUGGAUUCAGAUUUUUAUUUUUUGGUUUUUUCAUUAAUUUCGAUUUUUUGCUUCAGUAGUUUUAGGACAUUUGUUUGUGAGUUGCUUUAGAGACUGUAUUUUUUAGGCAUUUUGAGGAAUUAAUUGUAAGUGUAGUGUUUUCCCCUCUUGUAGAGAUAAUUGCAAAACCAUGUUCAGUGUAAACCAGGCCAAAACUAAAACAUUCUAAUUGACUU